UCCUCGCCAUCUUUCCACCGCGCGGCCCCACCUAUAAGGCGUUAGCUUAGCGAGGCCAGAAAGGGUCAAGCAACCACUAGAAUUAAUCCCUCCCCACGAUCGGUUAUUUAUUGCAUCUGCCCGGUUUUGGCUCGCUCUCCGCCUGGUCGGAUCGGCUCUCGAGUGCUCCUGUCUGAACCUGGCAAGUAGCCGAGAAGCGCGCUAGUUCGGCCGAUCCCUUGCUUCUGCCUGGCUCUGGUCUCCGGUCACGGUUGUAGGGACGCGGGAUCUCAUGCGGGCUGGGGUAUUGAAGGAGAAGCCCCUCUGGUUUGACAUAUAUAAGGCCUUUCCGCCGUUGAGGGAGCCGGUCUUCCGAAGGCCCCGCUUGCGUUAUGGCAAAGCCAAAUCUCCUAUCCAGGACAUCUUCUACCACGAGGAUCUGAUUCGAGCGAAAUUUUAUUCAGCCUACGGAUCUGGUCAAAAAGCUUUUGAUCUGUUCAACCCAAACUUCAAGUCUACCUGUCAACGGUUUGUGGAGAAGUACAUUGAGCUACAGAAACUUGGAGAAACAGACGAAGAGAAAUUAUUUGUGGAAACAGGGAAGGCUUUAUUGGCGGAAGGUGUCAUUUUAAGACGAGUAGGAGAAGCAAGGGCUCAACAGGACGGUAGUCAUGUUUCCUGGAAAUCUGAACCCACGAGUGUCAAACCCCAAACUGAGUUGGAAAAAAAGCAGCCCCUGGAAGAAGUCUCACAGGACCAGCAUUUGGAGGCACCUGAAGAGCCGUCGAAAGGUCUCUCACCUCCCUGAAGAACUUGUAUACCAUGUAUACUGACUUCCGAACGGUAUUCACCAGAUGGAUGUUGAACAGUUUUUAACAGUGGAGCUACGUAAAUGUUUCUGGAUCUCCAAGGCAUUAUGUUUGCCUUUUAGUUCUUGUUUCUAGGUUGUCAUAUAGCUCAGUGUCAUGGUUUGAAAGAAGCAGUUGUGUGAACUUUUAUGUUAGGAUAGUGUUAAAUAAAGAAUUCCCUAGCGGCUUAAAGUAAAUUUACUUUUAAAUGGUAAAUAGCACAAGGAAACCUUUAUAAAUGUUGCUUGAAUGGGACUCAUUUUGAGUAGGUUGUGGGCUGGCUACAUUUGAUUCUCGGGCAUGUUUCUCUUCUCUGGAUCUAUCAGACUUUUACUUACACAUAUAAAGUGGUCUUUGGUCAGUGGUUUCUGUGUGUAGAUAAUCUGUGUCCUUUUUGCUAUAGAAAUACUGACCUUCAACUUGAGAGGCCAAGCUGACUUGUGCUUUGCGGUAAGAGCGAGGACCUAUCAUUGAAAAUAGCCAAAGGCCAAAACUAUAACUUUAAUCUCAUGGAUUGACUGUGCGAGAGACGAUUAACAUGGGCUUGCCCAUAGUACAGGCUUUGCUGAGUAGGUGAAAGAUUGCACCCAUCUCCAGCCUGGGUCCAGAUGGCAUCUCUUGGAUUGCCGAUAGAGGGCAGCCAAUUUAGAUGAUGGUCCGCACUGGCACCCCCCUGCCUCCCGGGUGUCGAGGUGUGCUCGCAAAUCCUCAUCGAUGAUGUCCUGCUUUUAAAUAAAUGAGAUCCCCCUCUGAGAUGGUCACCUUUGUGUUUGUGAUCAAGCUGGGGGUUUUCAGCUACUAGUAAUAGCUGCUUCAGAAAUUCCUUAGUUUAAACCUCGUGUAGCUUUCCUACCCCGUGUUGUUUGUGUACAGUUGAUUCAGUCUCCUGGUGGACUGAGGGUGGGGCGUGCAUCUCACAGCCUGUACACAUCCUGGCACAUGGGUGCUCAGAUAAUGGAAGGCGAAUGGGUAGAUGAGGCAAAAGCAAUUCUCAGCUGUGUUGCUCCUCCACUCCCCCCGCCCCGCCGCACGCCCUUACCUUUAUCAUUCUUUGCAGUUCCUCUCGUCUGGGGAAUGCUUUGCUUUUAGAUGGGGAGUACAUUUCACCCGUUCACCAGCAUCAGGCAGCCAUUGGGUUCCCUGAACUGGGCCAGGCCUUGGAGGAGGCCAGGUGGAGGGGGCGGUUCCAUUCUCAGAAGAACAGUCGCGGGUCACUCAUAACUUCUCUAAACUUUCUGGGGUGUAAAGGGCAGUUUCUGUCCCCUAGUGACAAAGACAUGUUUAAAAGGCUAUUUGUUGCAUAAUUCUUAAAUUACACAUGCACAUGGUUCAAAAUUUAAAGAUGAGAAGCCACCCUCCCGUCCACCCCUGCUCUCCAGCCAGCCACUGGUUCUCCGCCAAGGCCACUGCUGUCACCAUUUCCUUUCCAGAAAUAUUUUGGGACACUGCGUACUGUUAUGUACCUUGUUUUUCCACUUAAUAUGUCUCAGAGAUCCUGAGCGUGGAUGCCUAGUGAUUUAAUCAAUGCCCAGUUGACAAACGUGCUUCUGUGUUUUCUUGUGCUACAAACAGGCUGGUGUAGCUACGGGGUGCAUUUUUAGUAGUGGUAUUGCUGGGUCAAGGAAUAGGUCAUCUUUGGUUACUGUCCUCCAUGAAAACUGCUAACUUAUCCGCCCACUAGCAGCGUAGGAGAGAAUGCGUUUCCCCACACCCUCACCAGUGCAUUCUCAUCUUGUUAAGUCAGCCCGGGGCCUCAGGAGGAAGACCUAAGCCUGGUAGAAGUGGGGAGACUUUCCCUUAGAGGAGACCUUCUUUAGGUUGAAUCUUGGUGAUCGGAGCCUAGUGAAAGG